AUGACAUCAGCACAGAUAAAAAGUUAUGUGACAGAAAUUUCGAACUUAAAGGAUCAAUUCAAUGCACUGUCGAAUCAGUCUAGUGAAAAACUUAAAAAGAUUAUAGAAACUGUCCAGUCUUAUCAAACACGUAUGGAGCCGCUGAAUAAGAAUAUGGAACAACUUCAAAUAUUACAAAGAAAUUUGGAAUCAUGUCGGUCAAAAUUGAGUCAAGUACAGGAGUAUCAUCGUGCUGGACGUGAAUUAGAGAACACUAUUAGACAAGGGCCAACAGCCCUACUAAACGAUUAUUUAAAGGCUAUGGAACGUAUAAAGGAGGCAUUAGCCUUUUUUCAAGAAAAUAAUCCACAAGAUGUUGAAUUCAGUCGACUAACGUCAUUAUAUUCAGUUGGUCUUGGAAGCUUAGAACGGGAAUUUGAUGGAUUACUGAGACAAGCAUUUCGUCCUAUAAACGAUGCUACUUUGAUACGAUUGAUGGAUCACAAAGCUUCACCUUCUGACAAGGAUUCAUUGGAUAGUUCUGUAAAUGAUGGAGUGGAACAGUUAGACGAUGUACCUAAUGAUAUGUUGAACAGUCUUCGCUUUCUUGUUAAAUGGAUGAGCGAAAAUCAAUCAUUUAUAAACAGACCGCAAGGUGCUUCUCAGGGGUGCCUAACAAAAUACUGCGAGUAUCGUCGUGAACUUAUUCGUGUUAAUUUAAUCAGAGUAAGAGAGUUAUUGAGAAAAGCUGAGAAUCCUUCAACCACUGGUGCAUCAUCUAAACCAGGAUUUCUGCCGCCGAAUGUACGUGGUCGAACGAAACGCCUUCCUGGAUUCGUGUGGGAUAUCAAUGCUGUUCGACAAAUUAAUGAGACAGAAACGGAAGAACUUGAUUCAGAACAUUAUGCCAUUGCUCUUGGCAUUCUUGUGAAACUUAUGCAGAAUGAACGUGUUGUAUUAGAUCAUCUACAGUUGACAGAUAGUCCACAAGAUUCUCUAGUGUUAUUAUUCACCAUAUUUAAAAAUGGAUCGACUGAUGUCUUGACUGAGGGAACGACUCUUACUCGUCUAAUGCAUCGUGCACAAGGACGUGCUGAAUUUCAUAUGGUCAUGUCACUACUAGUCGUUCUAAGAAAAUUCAGUCAAAUCUCCAACGAUCUUUUAUCUGCACUACAGGGCAUUGAUAGUGUAUUGGUUGACUUCAACCAAUUAGUUUUACGAUUGUUAAGUCAAAGUAAGACAACACUGGAGACUUAUGUCCAAUUUUUACAACAAGUCAGUGAAAAGUCUAGUUCAAGUAGUACUAUUGUACCUGCAGAUGCCACAAUACAUGAGCUGACAACUAAUGCAUUAAUGUAUUUAGAAAAUUUGUUAGAAUUCGCAGAUAUUAUUGGAACUGCUUUGUCAUUCACUGAAGCUGGUCCACAGGCUACAAACAACACCCUUAAGUAUCUUGGCAAUACUGGUCGCAAUUUAUCUUACCUUGAACAUCGUUUUGGAAAUUAUUUAUUCGGUGCUUUAUUUGCUCUAAUGACAAAUUUGGAGCGUAAAUCAGAAGUGUAUUCCGAAGAGAUACGUCGAAUGAUCUUCCAAAUGAACAAUAUCCAAUACAUAUUGAAAAGUAUUUACAAGACAAAUAUUCACCGUUAUCUUUUAUCUCAAGAUCGAGAAGCUAUCGCCAAAUUCACUUGUGUUUUGGAUGAACGUAAAGCCUUUUAUUCACGAUGUUGUGCCAGUGUAUUGCACUUACAACCAUUUCCUGAAAACUGUGGAACAAAUAGUAUGCGUCGUCGUAGAGCCUCUCAGUUUGGAUCUGCUCUGGUAUCCGUUUUAUCACCUAAUCUCAAUGCCAGUCAUCACAAACACUUACCAUCUGGUAACAGUGAACAGUCCAAGGAGAUUCUGGAUGAACAACAGUUAACUAAGAUAGACAACAAAGAAAAGUCUUCAUUAAAAACGCUAUGGCAGGAUCUUAACAAUGGAUUGAAUAGCUUGACCAAACAGCACAAUCUGAUUUCAAUUCCUGAUAGAGAAUUGCGUAAUAGCCUAGAGCAUCAGUUAAGGAAUUUGAAAUAUAUGGAUAUACUUGCGCUUUACAAGAAAGAUGACUUACCUUUUGUACGCAUUUCGGCACCUAUGGUUCGAUAUACAAAAUUGCCAUUCCGUCUACUUCUUCGGCAAUAUGAUGUGGAUCUAGUUCAUACUCCUAUGAUACUGGCUAAUUCAUUUAUUCGAUCUGAGAAAGCGAGAAAUGUAGACUUCACCACUUGUCCAGAAGAUAGACCACUGAUUGUACAACUGGCGUCAAAUGAUCCUUGUGAAUUUACUAUGGCAACUGAAAUGCUUGCACCAUAUUGUGAUGGGGUGGACUUGAAUUGUGGUUGUCCACAAUCUUGGGCAGUCGGUUGUGGUUUAGGAUCAGCAUUAUUGAGAGAACCAGAAAAAAUUGCCAGUAUUGUACGUGCUGCUCGAGAUACAGUUCCACGAUGGCGUUCAUUAAAUGACAGUGACCCUUCAGCAUUAUGUGAAACUAACGAUACAGAAGAGUUGUCAAAGUUGAAUGAAAGUAAAGAAGUUCAAAGAAAAAUUCAUCAGGUGACACGAUUCCAAGGUCCAUUUUCAGUUUCUGCUAAAAUUCGUAUACCUACUUCCUCUAGUAGAUCUGUUGGGGGUGAAUCAUGUGACCCUAUUAAACUUACUGUAGAACUUGUUCGGCGUUUGGCUGUAAUGGGUGUUGACUGGGUUACAUUGCAUGCACGAACACAACAUCAACGUAAUAGAGAUCCGGCAUCAUGGAAUAUUGUUCAAGAAUUAGUCGAUUGUAAAAUUAAACAUUCCUCUGUAGGCAGUGAACUACCCAUUAUACUAAAUGGUGAUAUUCGUGAACUGAAAGAUGCACAUCAUGCCUAUGAAAUGACCGGUUGUCAUGGUGUUAUGGCUGGCAGAGCUUUACUAAAAACACCCUAUUUAUUUGCACCGAACUGCAUUAAAAGCGAGAAUUCGCUCUAUCAUUUGUACGAGAGCUGGUUACAUUUAUCUGCACAAUACACAGGUGGCACAAACUUUGCUAUUAUUCACCAACACGCUUAUUGGAUGAUGGAGCAGCAUUUGGACAAAACGAGGAGAUUAUUCUUACAUAAUGUAGGAUGUUUUGCAGGUCUAGUGGAUUGGCUGUCUGAACAACGAAUGGCAUUGAAAACAACCUCCUGA